UCUCUUUGCAUCUCUCCCUCAGUUCAGUUGAAGCAAUUGAAUCGAUAUUGUAAUAGUUAGUAAAGUAAAUCUGAUCAUAAAAGUAAAAAGCUUGCAACCUCAUUAAUCAAUUAUCAUCUUCAUCAAAAUCUUGGCAUUUUUUCCUACUUCUUUGCCAUUCCAAGAAAUUGAGGAAUCAAGAGAAGGAAAGAAAGAAAAAAAUUAAACUUCCAAAGAUGAUAAUUGUCUCUCCCUGUCUCUGAAUAUCCUCAUUUCCAUGGGCCUUUUAACCUCUAUGUUAACCAUCGAUAGUUGUUAUUGACUCUUUGGUGUAUUCAAUCUUCAACCUGUUAACCUCUUGAACAACCUUAAACUUGAUUCACUGUAUACCAUGAAAUACCGGGACCACGAUUUAAGUUUAUCAGCAUCACGGAUACGAUUAAACAGCAAGCCGACAUCAAACCAAUUGGAAAUGUGUUCAAUUGUCAACAACAGUUAUCCUGCACAUUUAACUGUUACACACAACAUGAUGAACAACGCGACAAACAAUAACGCUAUUAAUAACAAUAAUAACAAUCAAGGUUCUCGUGGACAAUCACCUUUAUUAUUGGAUGAAGAUGGUGUUGAUUUGAAAAGAAAGUUAACCAAAUUAUCAUCUAAAAGUGAUAAAAGUUUAGAUUCAAUGAGUGAAGAAGGAAUUGGUUCAAUUGAUGGUGAAAUAGUAUCUUGUUGUUCAUCCCUUUCAUGUUCAUCAACAUCAGUUGCAGGCAUUGAGACAAGCAGCAGCUCAUUUGGCUAUGGGUCACUUCAGACCAGUUCAGCGUCACCCUCACCAAGAUCUGUGACACCCUCAUCCAGACCCGAGUCACGCAAUGAACUUAUCAAUGGUUAUGUUUCCAGGAAAGGUUACAAUUCCCCUGAAAUAGUGAGCCCACUGUCCAAGCAGCAACAGCCAAGCGUCCAUGAAAACAGUUCAAGUGAAAGUGUUCAAUUGAAACUGGAAACUGUGAAAGACAAACCAAUGCAUGGUAAAGUUGAGACAAUCAAAAAAGGUAAAAGCAAAAAGAGUUCAACUUUUCCCUCAACAAGCAGUUCCUAUCGUGAAUCCAGUGUCUCUAAUAAAUGGGAGCAAAGUAAAUUAUCGUCUGAAGAUAACCAUGGUUGGACUCGACCAAAGGUCAAUACCAGUAACGCAAACGAAGUGAUUAGGACGAUCCUGGCUCAGCCGAUGAGUUCAUUGGAAAAAGAUUUGCUUCUUUGCCCUGGUUCAAGGAUUCCACUUCGUCGAUACACUUCUGAACUCAAUUUGAGUUCAUCUGUUUCUGGUUUUUAUACUUCAUGUACAAGCUUUCCAAGCAAAGGUUUAAUCGAUUCGGAUUAUAAUAAUCUGACAAAUUCGCGUCUUUCCUCAAAAAAUUUAUCCCAAUCCAAGCAAUCGUUAUCUUCCUUUGCCUCAUCUUCCUCACCCUCCUGCUCUUCUUCACCUUCACCUCCUCCUCCUCCCUUUGCACCCUCAACUUGCUUACAUUCCUCUUCCUUGGCCAACCGUCGACGUAACUCUGACCUUGAUCUAGAUCAGUUGGGUAGACUGAAUGAUGGAUGGCUUGACGAUUGGACAUCAGCAACAUGUAAACUCUGGUCUAAAAACACUACUAACAGCAAUCGUCCACUCGAUUCAACCCCAUCCUCAUCGACCACAUCCUCCUGUUCAUCUUGCUCUCACGCUUGUGACCACCAUUCAGAUGAUGGUUACUCUUCAUCAUCUUCACCAGGCGGUUCAUUCGGCCGUGAAUCAGGCUCAGUAAGUCUAUACGAGCUGAAGAAGCUUCGCCAAAGGAAUUACCAAAGGAAACGUAAAAAUCAAAUUUUAUGGUCACCAUCAACCCGAUCCAGAUUAUUGGUUCAAAUAAUUAAAUUAAACAAUCCAAUAUCGGUUGCCAUGCAAUUAACCGCCAUCGAUAAAGAUCUCUAUCUUCAAAUAAGGCCAACCGAGAUGUCAGCUCUGUUACUUGGAAGGCUCAAAAAAUUUGAUUCUGAUGAUCUCAAUGGUGUACGAACUCUGUUAGAGUUUAGUGAGCAAGUUAAGAAACUGGUUUGCUCAGUGAUUAACCGGGAAACAAGCUCAGAAUCACAGGCUCGCAAGAUUGCAGCCUUCAUUGAGGUUGCCUGUGUUUUAAGGAAGCUGAGGAAUUGGCAUUCCCUGGAAGCGAUAAUCAAAGCAUUGCAAUCACCAUCAGUCUAUUUUCUUGAAACGGCUUGGACUCAAACCAAGGAACAAUUUCCCAUUCAUUUCAGUGAUUUUCUCAGGUUGACAUCACUGGUUAAUCUUUGCGACAAUUAUAUCCUUCGAAUGUCUCCGUCCAAACCAUCGAUUCCUAAUUUCCGAAAUCUGGUUCAUUUCUUGGAGAUUCAAUGUGCAGCCAAGUUUGAUUUAUGUGAAAAUAAGCCUAAAUGGAUUGAACCGCCAAGCAUUGCAGGUUGGCUAAACAAUGAGCUAGUCCAAGACAUUCGGGCUUCGAUUGGGUUAACAUCAAUCAAUUCAAAUAACGAUGAUUUGGUGGUGGCCACUCUUGACCCCAGCAAGACAACUUUAAUACCCGGUAAUGAACCAGUGAGAUUCAUUGUCCCAUCGACCCUUCCACUUCCAUGGAUCAAUUGUGAGCCUCGGUCAAUAUCAUCAGCCCAUCGAAAUUCAGUCACCUUUUAUGUGUUAACAGCUUUUGAAGAGGAACUGCGAAAUAUACGGCGAUUUAAGAUGCGAAGGAAUCCCAUUUAGAUUGAAAUGGCCUCGGAUCAGAUGGCAUAACAGUUCAACUAUCAAAAUCAAUUUUAUGUUAAACCUUUUUUUUAUGAGAAUGUAUUGUUGUUAGAAUUGUAUUUAAUGUCUCAAUUGGUUGAAUGUAUUGUUUCAACAGCA